AUGGAGACGAGGAAAAAAACCACAGCAGGGGUUCUGCUCUGGACCCCUGCCCCCGCCCGCACUUCACCCACCAGCUCUGUAAUACCUGAGGAUGUGUGGGAGGAUGACGAUGGAGAACAGGCAGGGGAAGAGGAUGACUUUGUCAGCCAGAUGGAUGACAAUGGCAUCAUUGGACUGUCGGAGGCACUGGAGACUGUGGCAUUGGGGGAAACUUGGGGUGAUGCAGAUGCAGAAUGUAAUCCAGCCUGCUAUCGUAGACCUCUCACCCCAGAGGAGACAGACCCUUGUGGACAUGAGAGGGAUACACCACCUGAGUGGAAUUAUAACCUGCGUGAACUUCUGUCCUUCCCUGAAGUACCAGGAGAGGAUGUACAAACACUGGCACCCUGUGAUGGCAUGAGUAGCAGCUUUAAAACACAGACAGAGGGCGAGGAGAUGAGACAGAGAGAGGAAGAGCAGAAAAUAAAACACCUCUCUGAGAUGGACCUGACAGAGGAGAAGAAACAUGGAGAGGAAGAGAAGAAGAGGAGUGAUAGCAAGAGAAAGGAACAUCAACCAACGAGCACAUUAAGAGAGCUUGGAGCUGCUGACGGCUUGGCUGGGAUCAGAUCAGGGCGAUCUUGUGGGGUUCAUCCGCCAGCUGUAGAACCUGCUCAAGUCUCCAACCAUCACUGCCCUGUAUCCCAGUCCGUCUCAGCUGUCCCCACUUUCCCUCACCUUCUCCACUUCACUGCUGAGGAAAUAGCUUCUGCUCCAGGAAUUGAAGCUGAAACCUUUGUAGAGAUGGACUUCACAGGAAGUCUUCCAGAAUCACACGGCAGCCACAUAAACCUCAAGUCCAGCCCUCGAAAAUCUGAGAAGCAGGAGCUGAAGAGGCUUCAGACAGCAACUGUCUUUCCUGGACAAGCCUGUAAUGGUCCUUUAUUAAAGGGAUCAGUAAAGCCAGAUGAGCAUCAUGAGCAUCCCCAUUGCUCACAGAGGAAAAUGAGCCAGCCCUCUCCUGAAGCCACACAUUCAAGGAUUCCUUCCCUCAGCAGGGUCAGGGCAGACUCCCUCAAAUCCAGACAGAGUCCAGACAGAGAACUGAGGACACCCAGAUCGAGGACUAAGGCUAAUGAAGUGAACGAAUCCAGAAAUGGGAUUCUGAGUUACCCCACACCAGACUUCUCUAAGGUGGAGCCAAGGGUCCGUUUCCCCAAAGGUGGUUAUAAGCCCCCCAAGAGCAGACGCUCUUCUAAGAGGGAAUCCCUGUCACCUGAGCCCCCCAUAGUGUUUAAGUCUCCUGCUGAUAUUGUGAAAGAAGUCCUGCUGAACACCACUGAUGGAUCUGCUGCCCCAUCAGACUCUAACGAAGCACCAAUCAGUGCCCCCAACUCCACUGUGCCUCAGGAGUUCAGAUGCCGCCAGCAGGCCACCACACUGCUGGAACAGCUAGAGGAGGACUACAACAGACUGCUGACUAAGUACGCAGAGGCAGAGAACACCAUUGAUCGUCUGCGUCUGGAAGCUAAGGUGAACCUGUACUCUGAUCCUCCAAAGCCCGGCCACUUGGUGCAGUCAGGGCUGAGCCGUGAUGCCUCAAAGUUCAUGGCCCUGGACUUUCCUCAGGCUCAGAGAGCAGAGAUCAACUCAGCUUCUCCUCAUCCAUAUGGACACAGUGCUCAUCAGAGCCUUCAGGCUGUACAACAGAUUCUCUGCAAUCAGGCUGACAAGUUCCUCCAGCAGCUGCAGACUUUUGAGGAUCACCUAAAGGGAGAAAAACUCAAACCUAUUGAACAGAUGAAGGGUCUGUCACAGCUUGGUGAGGGGCUCAGCUCUUUAGAAAGGGCCUACCUGUUAGCGAGGGAUGAGCACAAACUCCUGCAGCAGCGGGGAAAAGAAACCAGGCACUUUGACCCUGAACGGGAGCUCGAGGGGCUGAUCUACCAGUGUGGCCUGUAUAUGGAUGAGCUGAAGGAGCAGGUGGAACAGAUGCGACAGGAGCAGCCCACCUGUGAGGCUCCUCCCUCUCCACCUCCUCAACCCACCCCUUCAUCUGCUCCGUCUGAGGGGGGAGAAACUCAUCCACAGAGCCCACCUGUGCCUUUGCUGCUUGAUCCAGGAAGAGCAGCAGAGGUGGAAGUGAGCUCAGCCAGCGAAGAGAGUGAUGAAGACGAGGCAGAGAUGGAUGAUGAAGAAACACUGAACUCUCUGUAUCUCAGACCUCUGAACGGGAAAUGCAGACGUGUCGAACAAGACUUUACCACGCUAAUGGAUCACUACCAAAGCUUCAAGGAGCUUCCCAAAAUUUUUGACCAUAGCGUUAGGGAGGGAGCUCCCCUGUCCGCUGCUGCCUCGGAGACCGACAUACAGCCUGGGUAUAAGGAGACAGACAGACAGGGUCAAGGAACUGGAAACAUGGAAGUCCAGAAGAGUAAUCCACAGAGGAAAGCUGAAUCAGAUCAUCAGGAAUCCCCUGUUGGUAUCAGCAAACAGCAGACCAGCAGAUCCAGUCCAGCUUCACACAGGGCCUCCAGUCAUUCCACCUUGCUCCCUGUUCAUCCUCCCAGUAGCUGCAGGAGGUCAGAGAUGGGAAAGUCCCACAGUAGCAGUCUGAGCAGCCUGGGAGAGAUCACUGCAUCAGAGAGAAGUAGCUCCAAACGCCAAACUGGGAGCAGAAGAGUGCUUUCCCAGGAUGGGAUCAUCUCUCCAGAGACGGACAGUGGGUUUGUUGGUUCAGAGAGCAGCCGUCUGACACUUGCAGCAGUUCCCAGUCCUCUCCACCAGAGGGCCUCACAGAGUGCGAACACAAGGAAACCUCAGACGGGGCCAGUCUCAGCACCAUCUUCUGCUUCCUCACCAUCACGUGGUCGCACUACUGGGUCCAGAGGAGCCUCCCAGCUCAACCCUGACCAGCCAAAGAGAAGCAGACAGAGGCAGGAGAGACGCACCUCCUCCUGCUCUCCACAGCGCUGGGUCAGUCAGGCAGAGCAAACCAGGGCUGACAGUGGAACCAGUGAGUUUGGACUGGAGAGUGACAGCACUCACACUGCGUCUGAAGACAGACAGAGUGACCUGUGCGCAGAAUCCAUUAAUUCCUUCCACAGCUCCCUCUCAAGCUCCUCCCCCACUGCACGGUAUCACCAUGGCGAUUCUUUCAGAGCAAUGGGCUCCGGACAGGUGGUGAAUCGCAAUGAUGCAAUCCAGACACUGCAGGAGGAGGUCACCAGCCUGAAGGAGAGACUAGAAAGCUGUCUGAGAAACAAGCAGCCUCUCAGCUCCAUGAGAGUAGCUCCUUCAGCUCAAGUGAACUACACUCACCACCAUACCUCCACACCUCACAUCAGGCCUGCAGAGAGACGUCAGAGUGACGUCAGCAGGGGAAGAAGAGAAAGACGAACGGCUGAUGAGCUACAGGAGGAGUAUACACUGAGACGAACAGCCAGAGAGAGAUCACACUCUGUAGACAGACAGAAACCACAACGUGACAUAUGUUCAGAGCUGGAGCCCCCCACACCCCCGUCUCAGCCUCAGGUGUCCAGAUGUACUCAAACAUCCUCUGCACGACCAGACAGCUGCCUGUCACACACAAAUACUGUCCACAGCAGGAGAACACAGCCAGGGCAGCAUCCUGCCGUGUCUAUACAAGUGCCUAAGGCAGCAGAUGAACCUGACAGCAGAAGUUGUCAAGCUCCCCUUUGUGUCGAAUGUUCAUCACGUCACGGAGGACGAUCUGAGCGGCCAGUUGGUGGCAGCAGAGAACCAGCCCACUCCUCCUCCUGCUGUUGUCACUGUCCUCUCUGUGGACGCCCUGAACCAUAUAGAGGCACAAAACCAGACUCCCCCACACACACAGAGUCCCCCGACAGAGCGGCGAGGACCAGAUACGCUGCUGCUCCUCCUGCUCUGCUGCACUGCAUACCAGUGUGUCCACCACCACUGCUGAUGCCCCUCUAUGUGUCUCCUAGCAACAGAACUAGCACAUCCUCAGGGGUCAGAGGUCACAGGGAGGUGAGGGGGAGGAUGAGACGCUCCCUGUCUGUUGACAAGCAGCACUCCUUGGACAGCUCUCUGAGCAGAGCCAUCAGAGCAGCUCAACACAUGAAACGCACCUCUAAACACAUGGCUCGCUCUCUGGCUACAGGACUGGAGUACCAGGAGCUGCUGACUCAGUCUUGUAGAUACUAGUCUGAACUCACUUUACAGGCAGCUUAGACUGGGCAGCAUUAACUCUCCAGCCUCAGUUCAGCUGCAGGAUGAGGCAACAACCACAAGCAAUGACUGCAGGACCAAAGUGAAUAAAACUGAAAAAUGUAAAAUCUCAUCUUUGUUUCCUGUGUUUGGAGAAAAACUGUAGCUGACGCUUCUUCAUUUUCAAAUGUACAUUUAAGUCUCAGGUGGUCAAACUAUUAGUUUCUUCAGUAGACAUAUAUUUAAUUCAAAGCUGUGCUGGCAUACAUUGAAAUGACCUUCUAAAAUCAUGUAGUACUGUAGAUCACUUUGAUUGAAAAUGUAGUUGAUCAUAUUGAUUUCCAAACCUAUGAGGUAAAGACAUUAAUUUCUUUACUUAGCCUCACAUGAGAAAUUACAGCUAUCUUGAUAUGACAGUUGUCAGGAGUUAACAGUUAUUUUGAGCUAUUUAUUGAUCAUGUGAUUAUAUUUUUAAUGAUCAUGUGACAUUUUUUUCUAGUCUGUAGGACAAAAUAAGUUAAGGAUUUCAGUGUUACUGUAAUUGCUGUAUUAACCUUUUACUUGUUGAUACAGUAACAUGUUUUGCUGUAAAUAAAAUGCACUCGCUCACUGCACCUGCUCUGUUUUGGAUGGUCAUACUACAAACCACCAUAGAUCUGUUUGGUUAAUAUCAACUUGCACAUCACUCUUUAUAUCUAGUUGGGUGGCCACUAAGACCUGAGAUGCUGGAUAUCUUCUAAACAAGUUCUUCUUCUGUGAUGUUGUUAUUUUCUAUGUACAGACUACACAUUUUAAACUGUGAAGUUUAGAAUUAAACUUUGUAUAGUGUUUUAUCAUAAGCUUGCAAAUGUACAUGAGCCAGAGGUACAAGUCAACUGCAACUCACCAGCUUUAUGGGGAUCAGACUGUCACACACUGGUGCUGCAGAGGUGAAGGAUUCUCAGCAUCCAGGCUGGUGUGGAUCCAUCUUUGCACACUGGUGACACUGCAAACACAGAGACAUCAGAUUUUAAGCAAUAAAACUGGGCAUUAUCUUUGUUUAGAAUACCACAGAACUGGUGGACAUUUUAUUUGAGUUGUUUACUUACUAAACUUUUUUUUUUUUUUUCUUGUACCAUUAUUU